AUGUUGGCCCCAACUCCAAUCCAGGCCAAGGCCUCAAGCUCAGCCAGCGAACUAUACCUCAGUCAAGCCCGCGCCAGCAGCAGCACCGAAGAUUGCAUGGCUCUAUACGAGAAAUGGGCAGCCUCGUAUGACGACGAAGUUGGAGACAGUGCUCAGAACUACGUUGCUCCCGUGCUUGUCGCUCAAGCCGCCGUCAAAUACGGGCUCUCAAACGGCGCCACAAACAGCGUGAUACUGGAUGCCGGUUGCGGGACCGGGCUGGUCGGAGUGGCUCUUUCAAUGGCCCAGGCCAAGGCAAUCGAUGGUAUUGAUCUAUCUCCCGCCAUGCUUUCCGUCGCAAGAAAGACUGGUAUCUAUCGAGACCUCACAGUCGCGGACAUGAACCGGCCGAUUGACAAGGCGGAUGGAACAUACGAUCUCGUGUCGUGUGUGGGAACUUUCACUCUUGGUCAUGUUGGGCCAGACCCUGCUCUGCGAGAGCUUGUCCGGGUCGCUAAGAAUAAGGGUGUUGUUGUCUCGACGAUUCUGCAAGAGAUCUGGGUGUCUGGAGGCUUCCAAGCCGAGGUUGAGAACUUGGUGGCGGAGGGCCUGGUGAAGGUAGUUACUGAGGAACUUAUAGACUAUGUAAAGGGACACGGCGACAAGGCAGUGUUGCUCAUUCUAGAGAAGAUCGAUCGCGACUGA